GCUUGCGAACGUUAGCUUGGGCGAGCUGGAGGCCUCCGCUGAUGAAACGGCGGCUGUGUCGUCGAGCACAGCGGAAGCGUCAGUAGCGUAACUUCGCGUCUUCGGGCCAAUUUCCCGUGUAGUAGAAAACUGCGUAGAGCGCCUUCGUGAAUAGGUCUCCGGCGCAGGCGCCAGGGACGCGGCCGACGGGGCCCGAGGGAGCUCUCGCCCGGCAUGCCGUCUUUAGGAAAGACCGGUGCGAAUACGACUCGCAGCGGCCUAGCGCUGUUCUCGCGGUAGCGAGCUAAAUGCCGUGCCUGAUGGAGACCCUCGCCAACCUUGAGAGGCAGAUCUAUGCUUUUGAGGGAAGUUACCUGGAAGACACUCAGAUGUAUGGUAACAUCAUCCGAGGAUGGGACCGCUACCUCACCAACCAGAAGAACUCCAACAGCAAGAAUGAUCGGAGGAACCGCAAGUUCAAGGAAGCCGAACGGCUGUUCAGCAAAUCCUCCGUCACCUCUGUGGCGGCUGUCAGUGCUCUGGGGGGCAUCCAGGAUCAGCUUAUAGAGAAGCGUGAGCCAGGGAGCGGGACAGAGAGUGACAACUCACCAGACUUUCAGAACCAGGAGAACGAGCCAAGCCAAGAGGACGCAGAGGAUGUGGACGGAGCAAUGCAGGGUGUCAAGCCGCAGAAGGCGGCCUCGUCCUCUGCAGGGAGCCAUCAUGGCAGCCACAAGAAACGGAAAAACAAGAACCGGCACAGCCCGAUUUUUGACUAUGACUUUGAAAUCGACCUGAAGAUGAACAAAAAACCAAGACCUGAGUACUAGGCUGGUGACCCAGUAGACUUAUCUGGAGCAGCAUGAGGAUGAGUGGGCCGGAGGGGCAAGGCACCCUGCCCCACCCCCCACUCAGAGUCAAAUGGACAAUGACAAAGUUGGUAAAUGCCAUUUGCCCCUGCUCUUUGGAAUCCCACCUUAGGUACCUAAGAAGGCGAAUUUCCCCCACCCUCCAGAGAUUUAUACAUGCCCCUCACGGACGUCACUGUGUCCCCUACUUAGUGUGACUGCUGGUGCUCGAGUGUAACCCCUUGGGCGCUGGUCAUUAGCCUCUCCCAGCGUGUGGCAGGAGUGUCUGCACGCGUCUUGUCUGUUCUGUGACAUUGAUAACGUUGUACAGCCUUUUCCCCUCUCUUUCUUGAUGUGAUUGUUAAUGGUGUUUUAAUGUGUUAUGGUUUUUUUUUUUUUUUUUUUUUUUU